AUGUACUUCAAACUUUUGUUAAAGGGACAGUUUUACAAGCCAUUUUCAACAUUUAAUACUGAAAUGGUUGGUCAAGCCGGGCUCCUCUCCGGGGACUGGCGACCGCGUGCCCGCAGCGCCUGCGGGGAAGCCGAGGGUGCGUGGGGCGGAGACGGGCGGAGGAAGGGGCGGGGGUUGCGGCCCCCAGUUCCAGGAAGCAGAGUUGGUCUGAGCCACCGUCCUGUGCGCUUUGCAGCUAUGAGCUCAAGGGGAACACGGACUGCAGGUGGGGAGCAAAACAUGACGGAAACAGAUGCCUUGUAUUAUAGAAGUGAUGCAUUUGACCCGGCAGAAAAGUACAAAAUGGACCACAAGAAGAGAGGCAUUGCUUUAAUCUUCAAUCAUGAGAGAUUUUUCUGGCACUUGACACUGCCAGAAAGGCGUGGCACCACUGCAGACAGAGACAAUCUUAAACGCAGGCUUUCAGAUCUAGGAUUUGAAGUGAAAUGCUUUAACAAUCUUAAAGCGGAAGAACUACUGCUCCAAAUUCAUGAGGCAUCGACCUCUAGUCAUACCGAUGCCGAUUGCUUUCUGUGUGUUUUCCUGAGUCACGGCGAAGGCAAUCACAUUUACGCAUAUGACGCCAAAAUUGAAAUUCAGACAUUGACAGGUUUGUUCAAAGGAGACAAAUGUCAGAGCCUCGUUGGAAAACCCAAGAUAUUUAUAAUCCAGGCUUGUCGGGGAAACCAGCAUGAUGUACCAGUCAUACCUUUGGAUGAAGUGGAUAAUCCGAAAGACAGGCUAGGCACCAAUGUAACCGAGGUGGAUGCGGCCUCAGUGUACACACUGCCUGCUGGAGCAGACUUCCUCAUGUGUUACUCUGUUGCAGAAGGUUAUUAUUCUCACCGGGAAACUGUGAACGGCUCAUGGUACAUUCAAGAUUUGUGUGAGAUGAUGGGGAAAUUCGGUUCCUCCUUAGAGUUCACAGAACUCCUCACACUGGUGAACAGGAAAGUGUCUCUGCGCCGGGUGGACGUCUGCAAAGACCCAAAUGCAAUCGGAAAGAAGCAGGUUCCCUGCUUUGCCUCAAUGCUUACUAAAAAGCUGCAUUUCUUUCCAAAAUCUAAAUGA